UUCAGGGACACCCUCUUGCGGACCGCCGGAGCCCACAGUGCAAUAAACAUGGCAGCAGAGCUAUCCACUUCCAUAAACAUCAAGGAGCCCCGGUGGGACCAGAGCACAUUCGUAGGUCGGGCUAAACAUUUCUUCACUGUCACAGACCCCAGGAACGUCCUGCUCACCAAUGAACAACUAGCACACGCACACAAAAUCAUCACCGAUUACAGGCAAGGUGUCGUCUCUCCGGGGCUGACGGAGGAUGAACUGUGGAGGGCCAAAUAUGUUUUUGACUCGGCUUUCCAUCCCGAUACUGGAGAGAAGAUGAUCCUGAUCGGCCGCAUGUCAGCGCAGGUUCCAAUGAACAUGACGAUCACCGGCUGCAUGAUGACGUUUUACAAGACAACUCCGGCUGUGGUACUCUGGCAGUGGAUCAAUCAGUCCUUCAAUGCAAUAGUGAAUUAUACCAACAGGAGCGGCGACGCUCCAAUCACAGUCAAUCAGCUUGGCACAGCUUAUGUGUCUGCCACCACAGGGGCAGUUGCCACCGCUCUAGGACUAAAUGCACUAACAAAGCAUGUUUCACCUCUGAUUGGACGGUUUGUUCCAUUUGCUGCUGUCGCUGCUGCUAACUGUAUCAACAUCCCGCUGAUGAGACAAAGAGAACUUCAACAUGGUAUUCCCAUAACAGAUGAAAACGACAACAGGUUAGGAGAGUCGACGAAAGCUGCACAGCAGGCAAUCUCUCAGGUUGUGGUCUCCAGGAUCCUCAUGGCUUCUCCAGGAAUGGCUAUUCCACCAUUUUUAAUGAACCAUUUGGAAAAGAAGGCCUUUCUGAAGAAGUUCCCAUGGAUGAGUGCACCUAUUCAAGUCGGCCUGGUGGGAUUCUGCCUGGUGUUUGCCACUCCACUGUGCUGCGCUUUGUUCCCUCAGAAGAGCUCCAUGUCAGUCAGCCGCUUGGAGCCGGAGCUGCAGGAGAAGAUCCGGGCCAAGCACCCGGGAGUGGAGAGGGUCUACUUCAACAAAGGGCUAUGAGUGUGCACCCCCUCAUCCAAACACUGCCAUAACACAGCUGCAGGCUCGGUCCUCACCUCUCUGCCAGCUCUCCUCAUUCAGUGUGCCAAAGUUAAGUUUUUGUCUCCUCAUUUCCAGCAUUCAGAUGGAUAUCCGAGGACUCCCUCUCUCAGUCAGUCUCUUUGUAACGAGAUGUUUGCUUUUAGUCGAUGUGAUUGUUGGUUUUAUUGAAACUGCUACAGAAGAUUUUUCUCCGACUGGGCCGGGGUGAACAGUUUGAUGUUUAUCAUGACAGAUGUAUAGUGGCCCGUGUAAGAUUGUUUUCAAGUGGACAUUUUUUUUCUGUGCAGUAUUUCUUAAAUGGGUGACCUGUUGAUCGUAUGUCGCCAUGAAAACACAGUCACACUCUCCUACGUAAGGUGGGCAGGGAGUUCCUUACCUGCAUUUUAACUGGUUAUAAUCAGAUUUGAUUUGAUAUAUAGCUCUCUGCAGUUCUUGCAUUUGCCAAAUCUGUAACUACUCACACAUUUUUAGAACCUCUAUCAACGAUUACAACCUCCUAGAUUUAUUUCAAAGAAAGGUUUGCCGCCUCACGUAAAUUCAGUUCUCUUUGCCAAAUGAGUGACAUUAAACAAGCUUCGAGGCCUCUUGACAUCUUUUCAUGUAACUGAAAAACAAUUCUCCAGGGAUCCACCCUAUAAAAUGUGACGUUAUGACGGUGGCAACUACUGACGGGCCAACACGGUGCUAUUUGAUGUCUUAAUAAUAAUCAAUGUUUAUCACACUAUUUAUUCUGCUUGCCAGACACGCAUGAACAAACCACUCCUCAUGCCAGCAUCGCGGGAUGUGACCGCGGGCUCUGAAAAGUCUUUUUUUUUAGUAACACACAGUUUCUGCGUUCAGGAAAACUGAAAGGUUCUGACAAUGUUAUUAUGGAUCGUUUCAGCAAAACACACCAGUUGUCUGCACUAGGCAAUCGCAGCAAAUUCAACUUUUCAUUCAUGCCUUAUACAGGUUUCAUAACCGCACAGAGUGGCACAAUCCAAAAUCGAAAUAGAAGCUGUUUUAAAAGGUGUUACAGUACUUUUAUACAUACAUGUGGAGUGGUAGAUAUGGAUGCUAGUAUUUAGGGAAAAUGCCAAAAACAUUCUGAAGGUAGUGUUUGUUAGGAUGCAACACUGAAGGAUCAAUGUGACUGAUAUUAAAUCUGACUUUUGCCAGCAUGAAGUCAACCUGCUUCGCGGAGUUUGUAGGAACUCAAACAGUUCCAGUCUGUUAAUUCUGGUAGAUUAAUCGUAGCAACUGGACUUGCUUGAGUUCCUUGAAGACGUUUCACCUCUCAUCCAA